AUGCUUGAAGUCUCGUUUGAACUGCCUAUCGACGUCGAAUCACCCGAGCAGCUCAGGUCAACAUUGUUCGGCAUUGCAUUUGCAGUUCAGCGUAACGAAACGGAGCUCGUACGUGCUCAGAGCAUAUACCGUAAUGAAUUAUUGGAUUUAGCACAAGCAGGUCCACCGCGAACUAUUAUAGUGGCCAAGGCGGCGGUGCUGCCUUCGGCGAUGUUGGCAAGAAAAAACUCAUCCGGACGCCCUGGAGUGUCGCCAUUUGGUGGACGAGAAAGCAUAGCGGUGAUAUCGGAUUUUCUAUCGACACAACAGAAGAAGAUUACUCAACCGAGGCACAACACAGGUGUAUUGAUGGGAAAGUUCUGGAUAUGGCCGUCCGCAGUGAACCACGUGCCAUCGACGCGUGAUGAUUAUGUUGAAAGUGAGCGUUUGGAGUUCGCGUUGAAGAUCGCCUGUUGUAUUUCAUUGGUCACCGUCUGUGUACAUACACCGAAAACGUUCGAAUUAUGGUGGCCACUUACGUACAUCGUUCUUUGUUUGGAUCUAAUAUCGGUAUUGAUUCUUACUUCGGAAGUGAUCCUACGAUUACAUCAUGAAGGAAUAUCGGCAGCAAAUUCAUCCUAUCUACACAAUCGAUGGGUGCAGUUUGAUCUGUUCAUGUUCGUAUCACAUUGGAUGUCAUGGUUGUUGCAUUUCUAUCAAUUGCUAUUAACGAAAUUUUCUGUGACCACAUUCCCAUACGAGGAUUGGUUCGGUGUCGUACGAUCCGUGCGACCGUUUAUCAUCAUUCGUCUUAUUCGACUUGUUAUCAAGUUCAAGCUACCGAAAGCUCGAAUCGAACAGCUGCUUAAGAGAUCCAGCCAACAGGUCCAGAAUGUCACGGUGUUCUUUGUGUUCUUCAUGGCAUUAUAUGCAAUUCUAGGUAUACAGCUAUUCGGAAGAAUGGAUUACCAUUGCGUAUUACCUGGUACUGAUCCAAAUAAUGUCACCAUAGCAGAUCUGGCGAUUCCUGAUACGAUGUGUUCUCUUAAGGGCGGUGGAGGAUACGAAUGUCCUGGUGAGAUGGUUUGUAUGCGCCUUAAUCUAAACGCGAAAGCUGAAGGUUUUUACGGGAUGUUCAAUGAUUUUGGAGCCAGUGUGUUCACCGUGUACCUGGCAGCAUCCGAAGAAGGAUGGGUAUACGUGCUCUACGAUUGUAUGGAUUCACUUCCUUCACAUCUUGCUUUCAUUUAUUUCCUAACGCUCAUUUUCUUUCUUGCCUGGUUAGUCAAAAAUGUGUUCAUUGCUGUAAUAACAGAGACAUUUGCGGAAAUUCGAGUCCAAUUCAGUGAAAUGUGGCAGAAAAAAGAUGUGACAUUGGAUGAGGAGUUUCGUCAGAAGCUGGAAAAAAAUGAGGAUGGUUGGCGGCUCAUCAGGCUGGACGCGGAUAUAAAUCUUAUCGGACCGAAGUAUAAACUGCAAAGGUUCUUACGUACGAUGGUCUUCCAAUGCUUCGUUAUCGUCUUUGUGCUGCUAAAUGCAAUCAUUAAUGCGUCUUUCGUCUAUCGACAUGACAACAGCGACAAACUUAGGAAACAAUACUAUUAUUUUAUUGAAGUCGGCUUCACGGUACUAUUCAACCUGGAAUGCCUAAUAAAAAUCUCCUGCUAUGGAUUCAGAAAUUUUAUGCGAAGGGGAAUAUUUAAAUUUGAAAUGAUACUAUGUAUAGGCAGUUCUCUGAAUGCUAUCAAAUAUUUUUACGAUAGGAACUAUUUCACUUAUUUCCAAGCAUUUCGACUUCUUCGUUUGAUUAAGGCUUCACCAAUUCUCGAGGAUUUUGUGUGGAAGAUAUUCAGUCCAGGAAAGAAACUCGGCGGUCUAGUGAUUUUCACGAUCACCUUCGUUAUAAUCGCUUCUGCGAUUUCGUUGCAGUUGUUUUAUGCUGUGCCUGACCUUGAUCACUUCCAUACGUUUCCUCAGGCAUUUAUGUCUAUGUUCCAAAUUAUUACGCAAGAGGGAUGGACUGAUUUUGUUGUGGAAGUACUUCGAGCUACUGAUGACAAGCUUGUUCCUUUUGUAGCCGUAUAUUUCGUGGCAUAUCACCUUUUCGUAACAUUGAUUGUCCUAAGUCUCUUUGUUGCGGUAAUUCUCGACAAUUUGGAAAUGGAUGAGGAGUUGAAAAAAGUAAAGCAGCUAAGAGCAAGAGAAGCGACAACCUCAAUGCGGUCAACAUUACCGUGGCGGCUGAGAGUUUUCGAGAAAUUCCCCACCAGACCGCAAAUGGCUGCAAUGAGAAGAGUCGACUCAGAGUUCCCAAUGCCGAAAGUUCGUGAUAGUUUUGCACACCAAUUCGCACUUGAAGGAGUAGACAGCGAAACAUACGAUCAAGGAGAAGAGCGUUCGAAGAUCGUCCUACGACAUGCCACAUCGAAACGAUUCUGCCAGGAUGAACCGCAUUUCCGUCAUAUCGGCAGUAUUUCGUUGAGGACAAGCAUUGCAAAUUUGUUGGAAAUAUCUGAUCGUACUCGCCAGUCUGUGAUCAACUCACUCAACUUCUUACCUCAUUUUUCUCGUUCUUCUGGAAGUCUCCAUCCGAGGAAGGACGCACUUCCUAAAUCACGUACAAUGACUGGUAAAUUUUUACAAACGGCGAUGCGUACAAAACAGUUACUGUACAACGAGAACGGUGAUCUUUCACGCCCAUCCGAUUCGGCGCCGAAAAAAGAUCUGAAGCAGGGUGAAAUCGACAUACGAGCGCUACAGCAGAAGCGACAUCUUGCCGAAAUUACGAGGACACGCAUCGAAGAGGAUAUGAGAGAAAAUCACCCGUUUUUUGAUCGACCACUUUUUCUGGUUGGAAGAGCUUCUCGUCUGAGAGAAUUCUGCAAAAAGGUGGUUCAUUCGAGAUACUACUCUGAAGACGAUGGAUCAAAUGGUGGAUCAAAAACAAAGCGCCGUUUUAAGGAGAUUCGGACCCUCGUCGGUAUUAUGCCUUAUUUGGAUUGGGGUAUGGUGACGAUAACGGUGAUUUCGUGUAUUUCUAUGUUGUUCGAAAGUCCAUGGCCGACCUCUGGUGAGAACCUUGUAAUGAACAACCUUUACCUACAGAUUGGUGACUACGUAUUCGUUCUUACGAUGACCUUCGAGUUGCUGGUGAAAAUAGUGGGGAACGGGCUGUUUUUCACUCCGAAAGCAGUUGUCAGCGAUGUUGGCGGUGUUAUGACGAUGUUUAUAUAUUUCACCAGUCUCUCUUUUCUCGUCUGGAUGCCUCGUCAUGUGGAAAUAAACUCCUUCGCUCAACUGUUAAUGAUCUUUCGAGCAAUGCGGCCUCUCCGGAUCUACACGCUUGUUCCUCACAUCAGAAGAGUUGUACUGGAAUUUUUUAGAGGAUUUAAAGAAAUUCUUCUGGUCACAAUUCUUAUGGUUGUUGUUAUGUUUAUAUUUGCAAGUUUUGGUGUACAAAUAGUUGGAGGAAAAUUAGCCGCAUGUAACGAUCCUACAAUUAUAUCCAGGGAAAAUUGUACAGGAAUUUUUUGGCAAAAAAUUUUUGUUACACGUUUGGAAGUGUAUGGAAAGGAUGAUGAGGAACUGCAUCCAAAGAUUCUUGUACCGCGUGUUUGGACGAAUCCAAGAAACUUCAAUUUUGAUCAUGUUGGCAAUGCUAUGUUAGCACUUUUCGAGACCUUGUCCUAUAAAGGAUGGAACGUUAUCCGAGAUAUCCUUUGGAGCAGACAAGGACCAUGGGCAGUUGUAUUCAUCCAUAUCUACGUGUUCAUUGGAUGCAUGAUUGGUCUAACCUUGUUUGUUGGAGUCGUGAUAGCAAACUACACCGAGAAUCGAGGUACCGCUUUGCUAACCGUGGAUCAAAGAAGAUGGCAUGAUCUGAAAGCUCGCCUAAAGAUGGCACAACCUCUACACGUCCCACCGAAGCCAUCGGAAUCAGCUCGGCUAAGGACGUUAUUCUACGAACUUACGCUUAGCAGACGUUUCAGCCAGAUCUUUGCAUUCCUUGUGCUUCUCAAUUCCGCAUGUUUGGUUGUUCCUUGGAACGUUGAGGAGGAGGGAGAACGGAGUACAGUACUCCUGUCUGUUACCAUUCUUAGCGCACUUAUUAACAUUCUCUUUGCAGUCGAGAUAGUUCUAAAGAUCCUUGCUUUCACACUCUCAGGAUUCUGGCAAUCGCGUCGGAAUCGAAUUGAUCUGCUCAUCACUGUUUUCGGUCUAUUCUGGAUUUUCAUGCACUUUUUCGUCGCCCUUCCAUCUACUUCAUUUAAACCAGCACAACAAGCAAAACUGAAGAAAUACACAUACACAUUUGGAUAUCUAAUCGUGAUUUUGCGCUUCUUCACCAUUGCAAGUCGAAACUCAACGCUGAAGAUGCUGAUGUUGACAGUUUUCAUGGGGAUGUUCCGCUCUUUCUUCAUUAUUACUGCCAUGUUCUUGCUCGUACUUUUUUAUGCAUACACUGGUGUUAUUCUCUUCGGAAUGGUUAAAUAUGGUCAAGCAGUUAGCAAAGUAAUUUAUGCUCAUUUCAUCUGA